CGCCCACAGCGCCGGGCAGCCGCCGCGGGAGAAGCGGAAACCGCCGGGUGAGCCGCGCCGGCCGAGAGCGCGCCGAGGAGCCGCGGGGCGGCCCCCGUCCCGCCCAGCCCCUCCGCGCGGCCGCGGCGCCCCCUGUCCCGCGCCUCGCCCCGGCCCCGCCCGAGCUCGCCGCGCGCCCCCGCCCCGGCCCCCCGCCUCCCGAGCGCGCCCACCUGAGCCCGCCCGCGCCCACCUGAGCCGGUGCGCCGGCGCCAUGGCGGAGCAGGAGAGCCUGGAGUUCGGGAAGGCGGACUUCGUGCUGAUGGACACCGUCUCCAUGCCCGAGUUCAUGGCCAACCUUCGGCUCAGAUUUGAAAAGGGACGCAUCUACACAUUCAUCGGAGAAGUUGUCGUCUCUGUGAAUCCCUACAAGUUGCUGAACAUCUAUGGGAGAGACACGAUUGAACAGUACAAAGGGCGUGAGCUGUACGAGAGACCGCCGCAUCUUUUUGCCAUUGCCGAUGCUGCUUACAAGGCUAUGAAGAGGCGAUCGAAAGACACUUGCAUUGUGAUAUCAGGGGAAAGCGGAGCUGGUAAAACGGAGGCCAGUAAGUACAUCAUGCAGUACAUUGCGGCCAUCACCAACCCCAGUCAGAGAGCAGAGAUUGAAAGAGUGAAGAAUAUGUUGCUUAAGUCCAACUGUGUCCUGGAAGCGUUUGGAAAUGCCAAAACCAACCGCAAUGACAACUCAAGCAGGUUUGGAAAAUACAUGGAUAUCAACUUUGAUUUCAAGGGGGACCCUAUUGGUGGACAUAUCAAUAACUACUUAUUGGAGAAGUCUCGAGUGAUUGUGCAACAGCCAGGAGAAAGAAGCUUUCAUUCUUUCUAUCAGCUACUCCAAGGAGGUUCAGAGCAGAUGCUACGCUCUCUGCAUCUCCAGAAAUCCCUUUCAUCCUACAACUACAUCCACGUUGGAGCCCAGUUAAAGUCGUCUAUCAAUGACGCUGCAGAAUUCAAGGUGGUAGCUGACGCCAUGAAAGUCAUUGGCUUCAAACCCGAGGAGAUUCAAACAGCGUAUAAGAUUUUGGCUGUUAUUCUUCACUUGGGAAAUUUAAAGUUUGUAGUGGAUGGUGACACGCCUCUGAUUGAAAACGGCAAGCUUGUGUCUAUCAUAGCGGAAUUGCUGUCCACCAAGACGGACAUGGUUGAGAAAGCCCUCCUUUACCGGACAGUGGCUACGGGUCGUGAUAUCAUCGACAAGCAGCACACAGAACAGGAAGCCAGCUACGGCAGGGACGCCUUCGCUAAGGCCAUAUACGAGCGCCUUUUCUGUUGGAUAGUUUCUCGCAUCAACGAUAUUAUUGAGGUCAAGAACUCUGACACCAGCAUCCACGGAAAGAACACUGUUAUCGGUGUCCUGGAUAUCUAUGGCUUUGAAAUCUUCGACAACAACAGCUUUGAACAGUUCUGCAUCAAUUACUGCAAUGAGAAGCUCCAGCAGCUGUUUAUUCAGCUGGUCCUGAAGCAAGAACAGGAGGAGUACCAGCGGGAAGGGAUCCCCUGGAAGCACAUUGAUUACUUCAACAAUCAGAUCAUCGUGGACCUCGUGGAGCAGCAGCACAAGGGGAUCAUUGCCAUCCUAGAUGACGCCUGCAUGAAUGUCGGCAAAGUCACCGAUGAAAUGUUCCUGGAAGCACUUAACAGUAAAUUGGGCAAACAUGGUCAUUUUUCCAGCCGGAAGCUCUGCGCCUCGGACAAAAUCCUAGAGUUCGAUCGAGAUUUUCGAAUUCGACAUUACGCCGGCGACGUGGUCUAUUCUGUCAUUGGUUUUAUUGACAAAAACAGAGACACUUUAUUUCAAGAUUUCAAGCGCCUCAUGUAUAACAGUUCAAAUCCUGUGCUGAAGAAUAUGUGGCCCGAAGGCAAACUGAGCAUUACAGAGGUGACCAAGAGACCUCUGACCGCCGCCACCUUAUUUAAGAAUUCCAUGAUUGCUUUAGUAGACAACCUCGCGUCAAAGGAACCAUAUUACGUACGUUGCAUCAAACCCAACGACAAGAAAUCCCCACAGAUCUUUGACGACGAACGCUGCCGGCAUCAAGUAGAGUAUCUCGGACUCCUGGAAAAUGUGAGGGUGCGGCGGGCAGGGUUUGCCUUCCGCCAGACCUACGAGAAGUUUCUUCACAGGUACAAAAUGAUCUCUGAAUUCACCUGGCCCAACCAUGACCUCCCUUCAGACAAAGAGGCUGUCAAGAAACUGAUUGAACAUUGUGGCUUCCAGGAUGAUGUAGCUUAUGGGAAGACCAAAAUUUUCAUUCGAACACCCCGAACAUUGUUUACCUUGGAAGAGCUCCGUGCCCAGAUGCUCAUAAGGAUUGUCCUCUUUCUACAAAAGGUGUGGCGGGGCACUCUGGCCCGCAUGCGGUACAAGAGGACCAAGGCAGCUCUGACAAUUAUCAGAUACUACCGUCACUACAAAGUGAAGUCCUACAUCCAUGAGGUGGCCAGACGCUUCCACGGCAUCAAGACCAUGAAGGACUAUGGCAAGCAUGUGAAGUGGCCAACCCCGCCUAAAGUUCUCCACCGUUUCGAGGAAGCCCUACAGGCAAUUUUUAAUAGAUGGAGAGCAUCCCAGCUCAUCAAGACCAUACCUGCUUCAGACCUGCCCCAAGUUAGGGCAAAGGUUGCAGCUGUAGAAAUGUUGAAGGGUCAAAGAGCUGACCUUGGGCUCCAGAGGGCCUGGGAGGGCAACUAUCUUGCUUCGAAGCCAGAUACACCUCAGACCUCAGGCACGUUCGUCCCUGUUGCAAAUGAACUGAAACGGAAGGACAAAUACAUGAACAUCCUCUUUUCCUGUCAUGUCCGUAAGGUGAAUCGCUUUAGUAAGGUGGAAGAUCGAGCAAUUUUUGUCACUGACCGGCACCUGUAUAAAAUGGAUCCCACGAAGCAGUACAAAGUGAUGAAGACGAUCCCUCUAUACAAUUUGACUGGUCUGAGCGUCUCCAAUGGGAAGGACCAACUUGUAGUGUUCCACACAAAAGACAACAAAGACCUCAUUGUCUGCCUCUUCAGCAAACAGCCGACCCACGAGAGUCGAAUUGGAGAACUGGUUGGAGUCCUGGUGAAUCAUUUCAGGAGUGAGAAGCGCCACCUUCAAGUCAACGUCACCAACCCUGUGCAGUGCAGCCUGCACGGGAAGAAGUGCACCGUCUCCGUGGAGACGCGGCUCAACCAGCCACAGCCCGACUUCACCAAGCACCGCUCGGGCUUCAUCCUCAGCGUGCCCGGCAACUGACGCGUGGGGAGAUACAUGCAAACGGAUGUUUUAGACACACCAAAACAGAACAUGCCAAAAGAGUGCCUUUCAGAGGCCGGAGAGGACCGGGGUCUGGAGUCCCGCCUCCCGCCUUUCAGUGUCGCCUCUGGUCCCUGAGCCCAGCACCUCCCGGCUGAGGGCCAGAGCGCCACCGCCGUCCACAAGCACUUUCUCACGAUGUCCUACGAGAAGUCACAGGGUGUGACAACUGAAGGAAGAGUUCCGGGUGUGAUCACAGUGCAGAGGGGAAAGCAGGAGGACACAGUGAUUGUAUGCGAUGAAGUGUUUCUCUUGAUUUAAUUAAAUGCGGUUUUAUGGUUUGGUGCGUAUAUUCCUAUUUUCCAUUAAAUUAACUUUAUUUCUAAAGCAUAUUUUGAUUUAUCAUCAAGAGCAA